AUGGUACAUUCUCUUGGUAUUAUUUUUUUCCUAACUAACGUAACUGUGACAUUAACAAUACAGCUAAAUAAUCGAACCUUCAUGUUAUCACAUUCUGCUUUGGAUGUUAUCGAAGACAAAUUAUCCAAACGUACAACUUCUGGUGGUAAUCACGAUCAACUAGAACAAUACCUGGGACUUCUAUAUCCAAUGGAGGACCACAGAAUUUAUGGUUAUGUGACUAAUACAAAGAUCAAAUUUAUCAUGAUUUUUGAGUCACAUGUUUUGUCUUCUCAAUCAACCCAAUCCAAUGUAUCAGUUCAUCAAACACAUCUUCGAGAUGUUGAUGUUCGAGCAAUGUUUCAACGUUUGCAUACCGCUUAUAUUGCUUUGGUGUGUUCACCAUUUUAUAAGCCGGGAACACCUAUUCAACCAGAUAAAUUAUCAGCUGCAUAUCGAUUUGAUCAAUGUAUUUCUUCACUUUUAGCUACAAAUGCUAGUUCUGGUUAUUGUUCUACAUUUACUAAUCUAAUCGAUGAAAGCAAAACAUCUACUGGUGAUAGUAUAACAACAACAAAUAUAAUGUCUCCUAAAGCCUAA